CAGGUUGGCACAGGGGAGCCUGGUUUGCUGGCACCGGCUCUGAGACGGUGGCUGCAGGAAUCGGCCCCGGCGUCUUUAGACACCCCUGCUUGCUUCUCCUCGUCUUCCCCCGGCUAGGGACGACCGGCUGCAGCUGCAGCGGGCCCAGUGGGCGCGGCCUGGAGUUGUCCUCACACCGUGAUCAUGAGCCCCACGCAGUGGGACUUCCCUGUGGAGUUAUGUUGCCGGCCCAUGGCAUUUGUUACUCUGACUGGCCUGGAUGUGGUUUACAACGCUGUCCACCGAACCGUCUGGGAUGCUUUCUGUGCCAAUCGGAGGGCUGAUCGGGUACCGAUUUCCUUCAAGGUGCUACCAGGUGACCACGAGUAUCCCAAAUGCAGACCCAAGAGAACUUCGUAUGAGUGGUACAUCCCCAAAGGCAUCCUCAAGACGGGCUGGAUGAAUAAGCACCUGAACCUGGUGCCGGCCCUGGUGGUCGUGUUCUACGAGCUGGACUGGGACGAGCCUCAGUGGAAGGAGAAGCAGUCGGAGUGCGCCACCAGAGUGGAGAUCGUCAGGCAAAGUUUACAAGGGAGAAACACGAAAGUAGCUGUGGUUCUGAUUCAGAAAAAAACGCCUUUGCCUCCAGGAGAAGAUGUGAUUGCUUCAGAAAGGGCUGCAGCUCUGUGCAAUGCGUGUGAACUCUCGGGAAAGUCUUUGUUUGUGCUGCCGCACACCGACCACCUGGUGGGCUAUAUCAUAAGAUUAGAAAACGCCUUUUAUGAACAUGCGCAGACUUACUACUACACCGAGAUCAGAAGAGUGAAAUCUCACAAAGAGUUUCUGAACAAAACAACACACCAGCUUUUAUUUGUUAGACAUCAGUUCAAAAUCGCUUUCUUCAAUGAGCUGAAACAAGAUUCACAGAAUGCACUGAAAAAUUAUAGGACCGCCUAUAAUCUUGUACAUGAAUUGAGAGCCCAUGAAACUAAUAUCCUGGAAAUUAAGACGAUGGCAGGAUUUAUAAACUACAAGAUCUGUAGGCUGUGUUUUCAGCACAACACCCCACUGGAUGCCAUUGCUCAGUUCCGAAAACACAUCGACUUGUGCAAGAAAAAAAUCGGAAGUGCGGAGUUGUCCUUUGAGCACGCUGCGUGGAUGGCUAAGCAAUUCCAAGCCUUUGGAGAUUUGUUUGAUGAAGCUAUUAAGCUAGGGUUGACGGCUAUUCAGACGCAGAAUCCCGGUUUCUAUUACCAGCAGGCCGCGUACUACGCCCAGGAGCGGAAGCAGCUGGCAAAGACCCUCUGUGAGCAUGAAGCCUCCGUCCCGUACCCCAGCCCCGACCCCUUGGAGACGCAGGCGGGCGCUCUUGACUUCUAUGGUCAGAGGUCAUGGCGACAAGGAGUACUAAGUUUUGAUCUUUCUGAUCCUGAAAAAGAGAAGGUGGGAAUUCUUGCCAUUCAGCUGAGGGAGAGAAAUGUUGUUCACUCUGAAAUAAUAAUAACUCUUCUGAGCAACGCUGUUGCACAAUUUAAGAAGUAUAAGUGUCCAAGAAUGAAAAGUCAUCUAAUGGUUCAGAUGGGAGAGGAAUAUUACUAUGCAAAGGAUUAUACCAAAGCUCUGAAGUUGCUGGACUACGUGAUGUGUGACUACCGCAGCGAAGGGUGGUGGGCUCUGCUCACGGCCAUACUGACGACUGCGCUCAAGUGCUCCUACCUCAUGGCCCAGCUGAAAGAUUACAUCACCUACUCCCUGGAACUCCUCGGAAGAGCUUCAACUCUGAAAGACGACCAGAAAUCUCGGAUAGAAAAGAACCUCAUAAAUGUUUUAAUGAAUGAAAGUCCUGACCCUGAACCUGACUGUGAUGUCUUGGCUGUGAAAACGGCUCAGAAGUUGUGGGCAGACCGGAUCUCUCUGGCCGGCAGCAAUGUUUUCACGAUUGGAGUCCAGGACUUUGUGCCAUUUGUGCAAUGCAAGGCCAAGUUCCACGCCCCGAGUUUUCACGUUGAUGUUCCUGUGCAGUUUGACGUUUACCUGAAGGCCGACUGUCCACACCCCAUCAGGUUCUCCAAGCUCUGUGUCAGCUUCAACAACCAGGAGUACAACCAGUUCUGCGUGAUCCAGGAGGCGUCCAAAGCAAGCGAGGUGUUAGAGAAUGCCACUCAGGGGAAGAUGUGCUUAGUUCCUGGUAAAACAAGGAAGUUUCUCUUUAAAUUUGUUGCCAAGACUGAAGAUGUGGGAAAGAAAAUUGAGAUCACCUCUGUGGACCUGGUCCUGGGCCAUGAGACGGGGCGGUGCGUGGUCUUGAACUGGCAGGGAGGAGGAGGAGACGCGGCCUCGUCCCAGGAGGCCCUGCAGGCCGCACGCUCCUUCCGGAGACGGCCCAAGCUGCCCGACAGCGAGGUUCACUGGGACAGCGUCGUCAUCCAGGCCAGCACCAUGAUCAUUUCCAGAGUUCCAAACGUUUCGGUCCAGCUGCGACACGACCCCCCUGCCCUGACGAAUGAGAUGUACUGUCUGGCGGUGACCGUGCAGUCCCACGAGAGCAGCCGGAUCAGAGACGUGAAGCUCACUGCCGGCCUGAAGCCUGGCCAGGAUGCCAAUCUGACUCAGAAGACUCAGGUGACCCUGCGGGGGACAGAGCUGUGUGACGAGUCCUGCCCGGCCCUGCUCACGGACAUUCCUGUUGGGGACCUGCAGCCCGGGGAGCAGCUGGAACAGACGCUGUACGUUCGCUGCGGGACGGUGGGCUCCAGGAUGUUCCUCGUGUAUGUCUCUUACCUGAUCGACACCACCAUUGAAGACAAGGAGAUCGUUUGCAAGUGUCACAAGGAUGAAACUGUGACGAUCGAAACCGUCUUUCCAUUUGAUGUUGCCGUUAAAUUUGUUUCUACGAAGUUCGAGCACCUGGAGAGGGUCUACGCCGACGUGCCCUUCCUGUUGAUGACGGACCUCCUGAGCGCCUCGCCCUGGGCCCUCGCCAUCUCGUCCAGCGAGCUCCGGCUCGCGCCUUCCAUGACGCCCGUGGACCAGCCCGAGUCGCAGCUGGGCCAAGUUGUCUUGCAGACCGGGGAGAGCGCCAGCGAGUGCUUCUGUCUCCGGUGCCCGUCCGCCGGGACUGGCGAAGGUGGGGUGGCGACUGGGCACUAUGUCGUCUCCUGGAAGAGGGCCUCCGCCAGGGGCGACAUCCCCGUGGUCAGCACUGUCAUCACCCUGCCGCACGUGAUCGUGGAGAGCAUCCCCCUGCACGUGCACGCAGACCUGCCAUCCUUUGGACGCGUCAGGGAGUCGUUGCCUGUCAGGUACCACCUGAAGAACAAGACCGACUUAGUUCAGGACGUGGAGGUCUCCGUGGAGCCCAGCGACGCCUUCAUGUUCUCCGGUCUUAAACAGAUUCGAUUGCGUAUCCUGCCGGGCACCGAACAGGAAAUGCUGUACAACUUCUACCCCCUCAUGGCCGGCUGCCAGCAGCUGCCGUCCCUCAACAUCCACUUGCUGAGGUUUCCGGACUUCACACACCAGCUGCUGCGGCGGUUCAUACCCACCAGCAUCUUCGUGAAGCCACAGGGUCGGCUCAUGGACGACGCCUCUAUCGCCGCCGCGUGAUGUCCCAGACGGGCCCUCGGCUGAGACCGUGGAGAAUUUGGAGAGUCCUGGGAGGUUUUCGUUCCGAACUGUAGCUUUGAUUGUGGUAAAAGUAGAUCUGUUCUAUUUUUUCAUGGGUGUUAUGCCAGCUAUUCAGAGGACCUUGUGCAUAAAAUAUUAGAAAGUCUGUCCCCUGUUGCAGUCUCGCCAUAUCUGACGCCGGUCAGAUAAGGGAUGAAAGGCUGUCAGCCCACUGUUAUCGUUGGAAGUCAUUUUGUGAAUCGUAAGUGCUUCUAAAAGUGAGUGAUUUGCAUGUGCAGUGUCAGAGGAAAAUUAAGCAUCCGAGUGUGACCGGACGAGGGGAGGGGACGCACCGGUGGCUGCCCUGGCCGGGUCUUGUGUUCCCAGGAGUCUCCUUCAGAGUUGGCCAGACUGGAGGCCGUCCACCCUCAUAAAUUCAGCGUGUGCUCCUGACACCCACCCGGGAAGGUAGCGCGAUUGCAGGACUGAUCCAGAAAGCUUCCAGAAGGUUUUAAUCGCGGCAGUGUGAGUUGUCUUUACCGUCCAGACAUGUCAGAUGGGCUCAGCUCCCCGCCAAAGGGCGGAUUGCUAUAGAGCAGUUCUGUGUCCGCGUGCCAGUCGGACCCUCAUCUCUGAGACAGCAAGGGUCUGACUCCCAGCCUAGUUUUCCAAAUCAAAGGUUUCGAAAAAGAUGCAAGGUCUAAAUAAAAGCUUUUCACUAC